AAAAACCGGUAAUAUUUUUAAAACCGGUAAUAUUUUUAAAAGAGAAUGAUCCCAAAAUUGGAUAUCUAUACAUUUCAACUGGAUCUGAAUUAGCCGAAACCCCAAUACAAAUAUUAAACACCGAACAAAGAACUAAAGAAAAUAUCUCAACAGCCCUGUUGACUAAGUGAACCACUGGUGGGCACACUUUUGCUGACCAAGAAUGCAUCACUCACCAACCACAAAAUUUCUUCUUGUUGACAGAGUGUUAUUGGUCACUUAUUUCUUCUUGUUCUUCUUCUUCAACACAAUAUCUGUAGAGAAAAUUCAAAGAGAAUAAAGAAUGAAUUCACUUAUAGUCUUGCCUGAGGGCUGUAUAUCGGAGAUCAUUUCAUUCACAACUCCGGCAGACGCCAUUAGAUCAUCGGUUAUCUCAAGAGGAUUCAAGUCUGCAGCUGAAUCUGAUAUAGUAUGGGAUAAAUUCCUGCCAUCAGAUCAUCAACAGAUAGUGUCCCGGUCAGUGGCUCCGGUUGUUUUUGACAGCAAAAAGGACCUUUACUUUAGACUCUCUGAGUCUCCUAUCCUUCUUGACGAGGGCAAACUGGGUUUUUGGCUUGACAAAACAAAUGGAAAGAAAUGUUACCUACUAUCUGCAAGGCAAUUGACAAUUUCUUUUUCAGACAACCAAUUUUCUUGGGAACACACAUUUGAUGCAGAUUCAAGAUUCCCAGAGGUAGCUUUCCUCAAUAAUGUCGAUUUACUGGAUAUCCGAGGCAGGAUUGGAACUCGCGUAUUAUCCUCCAGAACAAAUUAUGCAGCUUAUUUAGUGUUCAAAGUAUCAGAGAGGUACCAUGGCCUUGAAUCAACAAAAGCAAGAGUUAGAUUUGUUAAUCAAGAGAGUGAAUACGAGGCUGUUGACCGAGCUACUACUGUCAUACUAGCAGCAAGAAUGCCGAGGAACUUAAAAGGAAGGUUACCAGAAAAAAGAACAGAUGGAUGGUUGGAAGUAGAAAUUGGAAAGUUUUACAAUGGUGAAUCAGGUGAUGAUAAUGGUGAUGUUGAAGCAAGAUUGUUAGAUUCGAGACCUUUUCAUGCUAAAUGUGGUCUCAUGAUUGAAGGCGUUGAGUUUCGUCCAAUAUGAUAAGGAGGACAAAAACAUCAACAGAUUCAGGAUUUGAAGUUUAAUCCCACGGAAGCUAAGGUUGAAGAAGAUCAUCAUUGCAACUUGUUAAUCCCACGGAAUCUUGAACGAAACUAAACUUUCCACAUACGAACGCGAUAAAUUUGUAUCUGCUGGAAUUUCUUCUAGUCUUAAUGAUGAGAUUCCAGGCCAAUACGCCAGUUUUCUCAUCCUUAUCAGCGACCAAAUCGACAUUUGUUUACGAAAGUCAAAAAGCAAAAACACAGACAAUAAAUCCCACAAUUUCCAAAA